ACAUGGUCUAGCUUCCUUACUCCGGUAAAUCUCGAUGCACCACCAAGAGGCGUUCCACCUCCAAGUGGACCUGCUUCGAGGUACAUUUCUUUUGAAGAGGUGAAAAGGCACAAUACACGAGAAAGCUGCUGGGUCAUCAUCGAGGGUCAAGUAUACGAUGCCACGUCUGUCCUGGAAUGGCACCCGGCUGGCGCGGCAGUAAUUUUGAAAAACGCCGGAAAGGAUGCAACGUGCGUUUAUAAAGCGUUCUCACCCAUACAUCCCCCUGGCACGCUGCAGCAUUUACCUAUGGAAGCACAUCUCGGUCCCGUUGACCCAGCCACAAUGCCUCAAGUUGUUUACCGCCCCACGGAAGAGGAGCUGAGAAUAGCAGAGGCAAGAAAACUGUUACCUCCACCUUCAGCGGCAUUGAAUCUGCGCGAUAUCGAGAUUCUGUCGGAGAAAGUCUUGACGCGAACUGCCUGGGCGUACUACCGCUCGACCGCAGAUGAUGAGAAUAGUUACCAGGAGAAUAGUUCCGCGUUCAAACGAUUCUGGUUCCGACCACGCGUAAUGCGAAAAGUCUCAGAGGUGUCCACCGCCACUACGCUCUUUGGUCUACCCUCAUCGCUUCCCAUCUUUAUAUGCCCUGCUGCGAUCAUGAGAUUAGGACAUCCGGACGGAGAGAUGAACGCGAUCCGCGCGGCUGGGCAAGAGGGCAUCAUCCAGAGCAUUUCCAACAAUGCAAGUUUCUCGACGGAAGAAUGCAUGUCUGCCACGCUUCCUGGACAAAAUCUCGUCUUUCAGGCAAGCCGCAUCAUUUAUCUGAACAAGGACCGGUCUGCCUCUGAAGCGCUUAUCAAGCGUGUUGAGGCUCAGGGUUUCAAGGCCAUCAUGCUGACGGUAGAUUCCGCUGUAGCUGGGAAGCGAGAGCUUGAUCAAAGGGCGAAGGCUGCUGACUUGCAGGACAUGCCAGCGGCGUUCGGCAGCUCUAGCACGGGUAACGGUCUCGGGGUAGCGCAUGCCAUCUCCGGCUACCAGGAUCCGGACAUCUCUUGGAAUGACAUUCCAUGGCUGCGGCGGAUCACGAAGCUGCCCGUCAUCAUCAAAGGCAUUCAGUGUGUAGAGGAUGCCGAGAAAGCCUUCGAGUAUGGAGUCAACGGAAUCAUCAUCUCCAAUCACGGAGGACGAUCGCUGGAUUUUGCUCCUGCGCCCAUGCAAGUCCUAUACGAGCUCCAUCAGCGGCGCCCGGAUCUCAUCCGCGAUCACGACAUCUACAUCGACGGCGGCGUGCGGCGCGGCACGGACGUGCUCAAAGCGCUCUGCCUCGGCGCGCGCGGUGUCGGCCUCGGGCGCCCGUUCCUGUAUGCGAAUGGCAUCUGGGGCGAGGAAGGCUGCCGGCGAGUGAUACAGAUCAUGCGCGAGGAAAUCGAGACGAGCAUGCGUUUGCUUGGAGUGAACCGUCUCGAUCAGCUGAAGCCAGAACUCCUGACAUAUAUGGAUUGCGACCAUUGCCAUCCGAGAACAAUUUAG